UCACAAGAAUUUGAUGUUUACUUAAAAAUCAAAAAUCAACUAAAAAAUCAUGUAAAAAUUCGAAUGACCCGCGGAAAAAUACACAAAAUCAAUGUGCCAAUUCUUGACGUGGUGUUUGGUACAACAGUGAUUCCAAUUUAUGUGUGAAUAAUGAAAGUAACAAGUUAGAAUCAAAACAAUUAAAGUUCAAUUCAAUUUACGUCUCUGUGUGUGUGUCUGUGUCAUAUUUAGCAAAUGUAGCAAGAGUGUUGAAAAAGAAAAAAAAAGUGAUUUAUCAAUAUUUCUGAACGACGGGACGAAGAAAGUCAUGGAAGAAAACUGUGUCAAAACCCUUCUAGUCACGGCAAACUGCGGAAGUGUUUUCGAAGAAAAUCACUUUUCUAGCCAAACUUACUGGAAAGAUGGAUCGAAGAGUUUGUUUCACACGUAAAGAAGAUGCAACCCGAUUUCAUUGGACUGCAUUUGCAAGAGGUCGGUGGAAAGACCUAUGAAAAAUCAAUGGACUAUGUGCAAAAAUUCAUACAGAUGUUAUGUGAAGCAAAAGAUUUCCAAGAAUUUGAUCGGAUUCGAGUUUUCCUUGACGAGGAUUACAAUUCGGCAGAGCAUUUUACGGCUCUUGGAAAUCUUUAUUUUAUAUCUAAAUCAAUAACGUCUCUGAAAACGUGGAAUUUUCUAACGCAUGAGUGGGAGCCAGUCAGUGGAAAAAAUAUACAUACGGGUAACAUUGAAACUGUACCGACAAAAGAAAAAUCCAAGUUUCCGCAAAAUUUUUUCCCGGAGUGCAAAUGGUCUAGAAAAGGAUUUUUGCGUACGCGAUGGUCUGUAAACGGUUCAAUAUUUGACCUUGUUAAUAUACAUUUAUUUCACGAUGCAUCAAAUUUGGCGGCUUGCCAAGAGUAUCCAUCUGUUUAUUGUAAAAGUCGAAGGCGAGCUCUCCUUCAUACACUAGAACGAUUCCAUCAAGAUGACUUGAAUGUCGUUGUUCCUUACUUUAUAUUUGGUGAUUUUAAUUUUCGUUGCGAUACAGAAGGUGUCAUCAAAGAAUUGACGGAGAACUUAACAAUGCAUAGAGUGCAAAAUGCAAAAAGCGAUAAUACAAAAGUACAUUAUCGUAAUUCGGAUGGUGAUAACAUUUUGACAGUAGGCAAAAAGGAAUUUAGUCAUUCAGAGCAUCAAACUAAAUUUAAAGAAGAAUGGCUUAGGAAAUUCGACCUGGAACUUGAACCAAUCAAAGACUUCUUAUAUGAAUACCCAAUCACAUUCGCUCCAUCGUACCCAUACGAGGAAAACAGUGAGCUUCCGAAUAAUUACAUGUCCACGAGAUGUCCUUCGUGGUGUGAUCGUGUCUUAAUUAGUCCGGCAGCGAAGCAGCUUAUUAUUGAUGAGGAAGAGGACCCACCAAUUUAUGGAAUAAUUGGGGAGAGUAUUUGUAUGGGUGAUCACAAGCCUGUCUACCUCAGCAUAAGGAUAAAAAUAGAACAAGGUAUAGUUAGUUGUUAUGGUGAGCAUGAAAAUUCAGUAAAAAAUGCAAGCGAUACACUACUUGUUGCUAGUAAUAAUAAUUUAAUUAAUAAAGUUUUUGAUAACAACAAAAAUAAUAAUCACAUGCCUUCCAUUGCAAAAUUGCAUAGCAAUUAUAUUAGUACAGUAGUUGAUGUAAAAGAACAACAACAACAACAAUCUUCUCCUAUUUAUGAAAACGGUGUGUGUAUCUUGUGCAGGCAUCAAUUCAUGAAAAAUCUUGCACACCUUUAUCGCCAAAACAAUAUAGAGUCAAAUCGCUGUCCCGCAAUUAAUGCGAAUAGUGGCCAAAUAAAAUGUAGUAAUAAUAGUAGCACGGUUCGAUCCCCAAUAAGUAUUCACGUUAUCGACGCAGAAAAUUUGAGUGUUUGCAUGUGUUCUCUGUACAACAGUCGAAACAAUUCUGACGAUAAUUUAUUACGAGCCAAAGAUAGUCCAAAUCGUCUCAGCCAUUUCUUAGAUGCCGCAUCAACUUUACAGACUGAAGAGACAAAUAACAUAUGUCCUAUUUGUCGUAAUAUAAUAAAAAAACAACCCAUUGAACGUCGAACACUAAUUUCCAAACGCCUUCUUCUAGCUAAUGAUAUCAUAGUUAACCGCAUAGACUCGCAUUAUCUCAAUACAUUUUCUGGCAUAAAUCUCAAACAAGAUCCAUACACGCCCGAGUCACCGGACUUUGACUCCCCAUAUCUAGAGUCUGAUUCUAGCGAUACAAAUCGUGAUAAUGACUCCUCGGGUGAACAAAGAUUACAAAUAAAUGACGGUGAGACACACACAAAUCCAGAAUCAAAUCCUAAUAAUUUGGCUGUGAAAAUAUCGAGUAAUAUUAAUAAUUUAUUAAAUAACAGUAACCUGAGUCGGACAAGCGGAGGUGUUUCGCCGACUCAGUUAAAAUCGCGCUUGGAACAACUACAGCAACUUUCUCCAGAAUGUUCAGAUGAAACAAGGAAAGUGCCAGGAGAUCUGAUAAACAAUGCCGACUCAAAGACUAAGCUAGACCAUGUCUUGACUAUUAAUGAUGAAAUUUGUAGGAAGAAAAACAUUAGAAAAAAAGAAAUAACUGACACGCCUUGUUGUACGGGGAAAAAUUGUAGUAUUUUGUGAACUUUCAAGAAUUUAUAACCACAAUCAAUCCUAGUCUUAACAAAUAUUAUAAUACUUCUGUAAUCCUAUUCUAUAUUAUCGAACCACUUAUCAAAAUCUUCAUGCGACAUAAAGUGAAAUAAUUAAAUUUAAUGGCCUCAUCAGCUAACGUUGUUGUUAUUGUUUUUCUUUUUGAUAGUAUAAUUUUAUUAGUUUUAUUUAAAUGCAUGUUAAAUCCUUUUUUGUUAAAAUCAUUUAAGCAUAAGUUUUACGCACUGUAUACUAAAUUAUAUAUUUUUAUGUUAACUAUUACAAUAAUAAUAAUAAUAAUUAAAUAAACUAUUUCGCACAUAUGUUUGA